AUGGGAAUCUCUGACAAUGCGCACCCUUCUGGGAGCCACGAGGCCAAUGACCCCAUCACCUUGCAAGAGAUGCAGGUAAUCGCUCGAGACAAACUUCCGAAGCAUAUAUAUGAUUUUUUUGCAUCGGGCUCUGACAAUGAAAGAGCCCUUUUGCGAAAUGAACAAGCUUUUGACAGACUGUAUAUUAGACCUCGAGUCAUGGUAGAUGUAUCCGACAUUGAUACCUCUACCAAGAUUCUGGGGCACCGUACAUCUCUGCCGAUCGGGAUUGCGCCGAGUGCCAUGCAAAGACUUGCUGGUGGCGAUGGUGAACUCGAUGUCGCGAAGGCUGCAGUCAAGAUGGGAUUGAAUCUCACUUUAUCAUCGCAGUCCACUACGUCACUGGAAGAUGUGGCACAGACUCGACAAGUCGAAGGCAUUGAUGAGUCUGCUUUACCUCCUUUUUGGAUGCAGCUUUAUCUGCCUGAGGAUCCCGAGAGAAGCAUAGAUCUGAUUCGUCGAGCGGAAGCUGCCAGAUAUCAAGCUUUGGUACUUACUGUGGAUACCCCAGUUUUGGGAAAUCGCCUAAAUGAACGCAAAACGGCCGUGGUGUUACCAAAAGGCAUGGGACUACCUAAUAUACGAAAAGGACCGCCAAAUGAAGAGGGGCAAGCUAGUAUUAAUCGGCGACUGAUGGAUUCAAGGUCUGCGGCAGAAGCAAGGAAUUUACGAAGAAUAGCAGGCACAACAAUGCACAGUUCUGGCUUGACUUGGGAGAAGACUAUCAAGUUUCUUCGCUCGGUCACGAAAAUGAAAAUUAUCCUGAAAGGGAUUAUGACAGCCGAGGAUGCUUCACUAGCGGUCAAGUAUGGGGUUGAUGGGAUUAUUGUCUCAAAUCAUGGUGGUCGUCAAUUGAAUUCUGCCAGUUCAACCAUUGAGGCUUUACCGGAAAUUGCUGCUGCUGUGAAAAACUCAAUUCCUAUCAUUCUUGAUGGAGGAGUUCGAACUGGUGAAUCUGUCUUCAAGGCACUUGCUCUUGGAGCGGACUUGAUUUUGGUUGGUCGACCAGCACUCUGGGCGUUGGCGUACAAAGGUCAGGAAGGGGUGGAGGACAUGAUGAAUAUUUUGGAACGAGAGCUGAAUCGCACGAUGGCUCUAGCUGGAGUGACAAAGAUUUCGGAAAUAACAAGGGACAGGUUGACAGUUGUAUCCACGGAUGGGUUCGGGCUUUCUAAACUUUAA